CCGUCCACUGCUGUUGCACAUGCGCAGUGACUGCUAGCUCGUCAGAGCCUCAUGAGAAGUAACAGGAGGAAAAUAAAGUGAAGAAGUGAAAUAACAGAGAGAAUAAAGGAGAAAAUAAAGAGGAGAGAGAGAGACGGAGGAGACAUGAACCAGCUGCAGCGUCUGAGAGAGGAGGAGGAGUCAGAGAGUUACCAUGACGACACUGAUGAAACAAACAACAACAACAACAGACACAAGGUGAGUCCAGGUGCAGGUGAACACCCCCUCCAGUACAACUACACCUUCUGGUUCAGCAGGAGAACUCCGAGUCGUCCGUCCAGCUCCCAGAGCUACGAACAGAACAUCCGACAGAUCGGCACCGUGGCCUCGGUGGAGCAGUUCUGGAGGUUCUACAGUCACCUGAUCAGACCAGGUGACCUCAGUGGACACAGCGACUUCCACCUGUUCAAGGAGGGAAUCAAACCCAUGUGGGAGGAUGAGUGUAACCGUGGGGGGGGGAAGUGGAUCAUCCGUCUGCGUAAAGGUCUGGCGAGUCGUUUCUGGGAGAACAUGAUCCUGGCCAUGGUGGGGGAGCAGUUCAUGGUGGGGGAGGAGAUCUGUGGAGCCGUGGUCUCUGUCCGCUUCCAGGAGGACAUCCUGUCGAUCUGGAACCGGACGUCCAACGAUCAGACGACGACGUCCAGGAUCAGAGACACUCUGAGACGAGUCCUGAACCUCCCGUCCAACACCAUCAUGGAGUACAAGACCCACAACGACAGCCUCAGGGACAACUCGAGCUUCAGAAACACAAAGAUUUCUCUGUGACGUCCUCUGACCAAUCAGGACGCAGAUCACCGUCACUCUGCUCUCUCAUUGACCGGUCGAGGAGUGUGUGUGUGUGUGUGUGUGUGUGUGUGUGUGUGUGUGUGUGUGUGUUUUCAGUGUGGACCAAUAAACUGACUGAACUGAA